AUGGGCGCAUCCGUCCACUACGGCGCAGGCGGAGAGGUCGUCAGGCUAGCUCUCGAUUCGGAUUUUUCCGCCAUCCGGUUCACCAACAUCCCCAGCAGUAGCACACGCGAGUUCAUUGUGAACAUGCUAGCCAUCUUCGGCUUCCGCAUUCCGCACGACGAGAUGAGAAUAGACAUCCAACUAGAUGGUCUGGCUCACUUCGCCGACGUGAUAGUUGAAGACUCGCUCUUUGCGACGAAACUUCUCGAGGCAACCAAAACCAUCGACGUACGCCAGUAUCUGGGGCAGAAGCAUCUCAGAUUUAGCAAGAUUGAAGCUUCGAUCUCUCUCACGCCGACGUCAAUACAACACACCGCAUCAGCAAAGGAGAUCCGCCUGUCCUGGGACAAGGCCACGAGACCAGUUGGCAUCCAUGCACCGCUCUCGCUGAUUGGUACCCACGGCGGCUUCCCAUCGCAACGGUACGAAGUUCUGGGCCAGGCUGUUCGGGCUACCAGCUUCCAACAUUCCAUGUAUCUUGGCCUUGUCCCAAUUGCUGCCACACAUACCGAUAUCCUCCGCGCUCUGAAGAGUGCUGGGUACAAGAACGUUGAUUUACUCGAGGUGAAACUUGGGGAGCCAAGCUUUGAAGCAGACGAUCAAAUGCAACUCGAGCUGCUGAACAAAAGUCUCACCGCCAUCGGUCCCCUUGCAUCUUCACUCAAGGUCAAGCAGACGCCUCAGCACCAACCAUACACAAUUGCGACGGCCAGAUUCGUAGACGAUGCAGACGCUCGACACGCCGUCGACAAACUCAACAACACCAGCGUACCGUUCCACGCCUCCGGCCUUCUGACCGCUUCCCUGGUCUUCAGGGCAACUUGGAAAGGCCCCAGUUGGAGAUUCAUAAUGACCAAGCCGGCACUCGACAGCUUAGAGAAGACCGCCAGAAGCAUAGGCGUAGAAAUGUCAAGCACCGAUGAUGGGGACCAAAUCACCAUUGAGUGUACGAGCGAAAACAGAGAAGACAUCAUCACGGUAAAACGUCGCCUCGGAGAGAUACUCGAGCAGCGCACGUUGAACAGGCCGAUAGAAGUAGAGAACAGCAGCCAGGCAGACCGUCUCCUCGCCCAUAAACAUGCUCGCGACAUCUGCCCGAUCCAUCUCGACUUUGUAGACGACCCGAUUGUUGGCAGCUGCGGCCACGCAUACUGCAAAGGAUGUUUCGUGAGGCUCUUCAGAUCCCAAAUCGCGUGGGCAAGAAACGCUCUCAAGUGCAUCAGCAUAGUCGACGAUCGGCCCUGCCAUGCCGUAUUCACUCUCGACGAACUCCGUGGCCAACUCUCGCGCAACCUGUUUGAGGAGCUACUCGGCGAGUCACUAAAAGCCUAUAUCAAAAAGAACUCAGACCAGGUUAGAUGCUGCCCGACACCAGGUUGCAGUCAACUGUACCGGCCCACGGCCAAACGUACCGGCGCCUCCCCGAAGAGGUGCCCCAACUGCCUAGUCGUCAUCUGCACGACCUGUGCCGAGGAACACGACGAGCAGACCUCGUGCGAGGAGCACGCGGACGCCUUGCUGGAGAGUGCCAAGAGGGAAAUCGGGGCGAAGAACUGUCCGAGCUGCGGGAUCCUGAUCGAAAAGGUCGACGGUUGCGACCACGUGAUUUGCGAGGGGUGCUACAACCACAUCUGCUGGAACUGCCUGACUGUGUACGAGACGGGAGAUGACUACCAAGAUCACCUGGUAAGAGCCCACGGAGACCCUGAGAAUGAUUUCCCUCAUCACGGGCGGCACCGGUACGAGGUCGACGCUGAGGGCGUGGGGGUGAAUGCCGAGCGCAUGGCGGCGGGACAAGGUGCUGACUUGGAGAUCAGGGAGCAAUCGGAGAUGGACGCAACGCUGCCGGAGACGUUGCGAGACCUGCAUGAGAGCACUCUAAUCGGUACCCUUGUGAUUGGUAUCCAGGAUAUGAUAUCAGCAUUGCCGCGACGAUGA